GAGGAGGAGGGGUCGACUGACGGAGGGAGGUACAGAAGGAAAAGGAGUGGCCUUCUGCAGAUAGCAGCCCCUCUCUACCGGAGUAAAGUCUUCUCUCUGAGGCAGUUCAUAGGAGGGAAAAUAAACCAGAGAUUUGGGAGAUACAGAAAGGGAAAGAAGAAAGAAGCAAAGAGAAAGUGCAUUUUCUUCCAGGCUGCGUGAGACUUUUGUACAGUCAUGGCAUCAGCAGCUCCACCAAAAAGGGUGGUUUCUUCUGUCUUCAUCACUCUGGCUUCUCCUCACCGAGCCACCGUGACCCCACAGCAGCAGCCCACCCUUCAAGCCCACAGUGCCCCGGCUAGAGAGAAACUGCAUCCUGCUGUAAGAGUCAGCCCAGGUGACAGCAUACCUGCCCUCAGGCACAGCAGAGAGGACAAGUCACCUCCGUCAGAGUCUUAUGGCGGCCUAAAGAGCAAAGGCUUGACUAAUGUGGGGUCCUCGGCCCUGGUUUCAGGCCCACAGAGCCACAAUCCCCCCAAACGUGAACCAGGCAAAACACAGCUUCAAGAAAAAAAUGACCAGAGGAGUUCAUCAGAGCUUUCCCCCCCUCCUCCUCCUCCCCCUCCCUCUCAUGCACCGCCUCUACGUCCGGGAGAGUUGCUCUCUGAAGAAUCAGCACUUCCACCACCUCCUCCAGCCCAAGAGUCUUUCCCCCACCCCGUGACCCCAGGCCAGCAGCCAGUUUACAACCCAGAGGUGAAAGCAAGAACACCAUCUAGUGGGUUAAGCUCAGAUGAUCAAAUCCACAGGAUCCACCAAAACAGCCAAGACAAAGAGAGCAAAGAUCUGUGCGGCUUCUGUCGAAAGCCAGUGGCUCCUUCUGAACCUGCGAUAGAGGCCUUAAACAGGACUUACCAUGAUGGCUGCUUCCAGUGUAGAUCUUGUCACAUUCCCCUGGCUGGUAAACAGUACUACAACAAGGCCGGGAUCCCGCUCUGCGAAGACUGUUACCAGGCCAGUUUGGAGCUCUGCUGGGCAUGUGGGGAGGCUAUCACAGAUCACAUAAUCCGCGCACUCGAGCGAGCAUACCAUCUUUCUUGUUUCACCUGCACAACAUGUAAGAGGCAAAUUGGAGAGCAAGCUUUUGCCCAGGGAGAAGUUGGAGAAGUUUACUGCCUUCAAGACUAUUACAGGAAAUACGCUCCAAAGUGUAGUGCCUGUAACCAGCUUAUCAUUCCACAAGAAGAUGGUACCGACAGCUAUACAGUUGAAUGUCUGGGGCGUUCCUACCAUGAGAACUGCUACAGAUGUGAGGUCUGCGCCAUCCAACUGUCUCCUGAACCGAACGAGCAUGGCUGUUAUCCUUUAGAUGGGAAGAUGCUUUGCAAGCCCUGCCACCUGAACCUGGCUUCUGGUCAGCACUAAUCCCACGUGAACAGCAACCAAGAAAAAACUGAAAAAAGAGAUGGGAGACUGUGCUUGUGCCUUUAGAAUGAAUGUGCAAAUGCCUUAAAUGCUUCCUUCACUAGAGAAAAACUAUAUUUUUACAGUAUAUCAUGCUUUCUGAAGAUUAUCUUCUUCUUUUUCAUCAUUUUGCACUUAAUACAAUCUACAAAAGCAACAAUUAUAUUCCUGCAACUCACUUUACAAAAAAUGUAUGAGAAUAAAUGGAACCCCAGUCAGUAUGCUGUUUCUCAGUCAUUAUACAAACAUAUAAACAAUCAACUUUAACUUGAAAAAAAGGAUAGAAAAGUAAUCUAAUAUAUUUUUAUCUCUAUUCACCUUCAAACUGCAUCUACAUCAUCAAACCAAGCAGACAAACCACUAACAAGUAAGAAGUAAUCGUCAAGCAGACUGUUUUUAACACUGUCUUCUGCCUUGAUAAAACAAAGUUAUCCGGCAUAGUAUCAAAGUCUCAUUUGGAUUCCAGUGAAAUUGCUUUAUUUAUAGUCACUAUCUCAAAAAAACCUUGCUGUAAUUCAUAUCUCGU